AUGCUUAACGCAGUUCCAGAGUCUAAAGAAAAACUUAUGUUUUCAACCAAUUCAAUAACGUCCAAUUCAGAUGACGGGGUUCUCUCAACAGCUAUAGCAUUUGCAAAAAAUGAGAACAAUGGGCAACGGCCUGCUCGUCUUUUAUUAGAUUCGGGUUCCCAAUGUAACCUUAUCACUUCCGAACUCUGUGAUUUACUCAAACUUAAAAGGACGCCUAUUAAUGUCAAAAUAGGUUCAAUAAGUGACUGUCCUUUUGAAGUUAAACACAAAUGUGAACUUGAAAUAUCUUCAAGAAAUAGCUCAGUUAAAAUUCGCGUUACGUGCCUUGUUGUACCGAGAAUUAGAUCUGAAGUGCCCAAACUUCCAUUUGAUGCAAAGCUGCUUCAAAUACCGUCGCACAUCAAACUAGCAGGUCCACACUUCGAUAGGCCGCGAACAAUCGAAAUUUUUUUAGGCAACGCGAUUUUUUGGUCAUUAAUUUGCGUUGGACAAAUAAAACUAAACAAUGCUGGGCUUCUGCUGCAAAAAACCAGGCUCGGUUGGAUACUUGCAGGGCCCAUGCCAGGUUUGCAAUCUAAGUUAGUAACCUGCAAUUUAAUUAACAAAAUUAAUAUUGAUAAUCAGUUAACAAAAUUCUGGGAACUAGAGGAAUGUUCAUUAAAUAAAAGGGUUCUGUCAUGCGAAGAAAAUGCGUGUGAAGAAUUUUUCACGAAAACUGUUAGGCGCGACGGGGAAGGGUGGUUCAUCGUUUCAAUUCCAGUAAAGGAUGACCCUCGAAAACUAGGUGACUCAAGGGAACAAGGGCAACAUCGUUUAUUUAAUUUAGAAAAAAGGUUUACAAAACAACUGGAAAUUCAUAAGGAGUAUUCAAAAUUCAUAAUUGAGUACAUUGAAUUAGGUCAGAUGAAAAGGAUCAAUUGUAAAAUCGACGCUACGCCAUCAUUUUAUCUCCCACGUCAUUGUGUUAUUCGCGCUGAAAGCGUAUCUACAAGGCUGCGGGUAGUUUUUGACGCUUCCGCACAAACGACUUCGGGCAUGUCUUUAAGUGAUUUACAAAUGGUUGGUCCCAAUAUACAAAGCGAUUUAUUUUCUAUUUUAAUAAGAUUUCGAAAACACGAGUUUAUUAUAGGCACGGAUAUCGAGAAAAUAUACCGUCAAGUAAAAAUAACUCCUGAACAAACUUCUCUUCAACGAAUCUUAUGGCGUUUCGACUCAAGCAAAACAAUUGAGGUAUUUGAAUUUAUCACAGUUACCUAUGGUACCGCAGCGGCAUCAUUUUUAGCCAUACGAUGUUUAAUAGAACUUGCUUCUAAGUGCGAAAAGGCCGAACCUACGGUAGCAAAAAUAAUUCGUCACGAUUUUUAUGUAGACGAUUUGCUUACCGGAGCGGAGACUAUCAAAGAAGUUAUUUCUCUCGCAAAUCGGUUAAAGAAAAUCUUAGCCACAGGCUGUUUUAACCUCCGUAAAUGGGUAUCCAAUAGCCCAGAAAUAAUUAGCGAAAUAACAGAAUCUCAGAAAGUCUGA